AUGGGCACGGGGGCUGGAGAGGACCCUGGGCUGGUGAGGAUCCUGGGCUGGUACCACAACGUGGGCAUCCUGGUGCUCUUCCUGCACGACAUCAAUGAUGUGCAGCUGGAGUUCACCAAGCUCAACGUCUACUUCAAGCACCGGGGGGGGUCCUACCACCGCCUCAACGACAUCAUCUCCAACGUGGGCUGCCUCACCUUCAGCCUCAGCUGGUUCUGGUUCCGUCUCUACUGGUUCCCCCUCAAGGUGCUCUAUGCCACGUGCUACUCCAGCCUCCAGUCGGUCCCUAACAUCCCCUUCUACUUCUUCUUCAACGCUCUGCUCCUCAUCCUCACUCUGAUGAACAUCUACUGGUUUCUGUACAUCGUCCUGUUUGUGGCCAAGGUGCUGAUGGGGCAGAUGCAAGAGGUGAACGACGUGCGGGAGUACGACGUGGAGGACAGCAAGAAACCCACGGUGGCCAAGAAGAAGGAGGCUGGACUGCAGCUGCCCGGGGCUCUGAAGGAAGGGAGGCACCUGAAGAACGGGCUGGUGAAGGACAAGCGGUUGUGA